AUGGCCUACAACAUGAAUCCCAACAUCGUGGCUUUCACUCUCACUGAAGGGCAGUCUAAUAAUAGACCUCCCUACUUCAAUGACAUUCCCACCAAACAGAAUGCUGAUGGAGAAGUAGUGACAAAGGAAGACAGUAAAUGGACAUAUGAAGAAAAGGAGAAAGUUGAACUCAAUGCCAAGGCAAUCAACCUGAUGCACUGUGCAAUCAGUUUUGAAGAGUUCAGAAAAGUGUCAAGUAUGAAGGAGGAUGAGAGCAUCGAUCAAAUGUUCGAAAGGUUCUCAAUAAUCAUCAACAAUCUGGACACCAUGGGAAGAAACUACUCUGAAGAAACCUUAGUAAGGAAGAUUCUGAGAAGUCUUACUAAGAAAUGGGAAGUAAAAAGCACAGCCAUCUCUGAAAGGAAUGAUUUAAUCAAAAUCACCUAUGAUGAGCUGAGAGGCAAGCUGCUGGCUUAUGAAACCACUCAUAUGUCUCAAAACAAAGAUGACAAAAAGAAAAGUAUAGCACUAAAAUCAAGAAUGACAGCCCAAGGAGAAGAAUCUGAUGACAGUUUCUCAGAUGAAGAAAUGGUGCUCUUUGCAAGAAAAAUGAGAAGACUACUGAUAUACAAAAGCAAAGGCAAAGGAAGCUCUUCAUCCAAAGAUGUCAAGAAAGAUCAAGUCAAGUUCACAUGCCAUCACUGCAAGGAACCUGGUCACUUCAAGUCAGAUUGCCCUCAACUUAAGAAAGGCGAAAAAUCCAAGAAAGACAAAAAGAAGGUGAUGAUGGCAACAUGGGAGGACUUGGAGAACGACACCAGAUCAGAGAGCUCAGACCAAGAAGCUCAACUAUGUCUGAUGGCAGAUCAUAAUGAUGAAGAUGAGGUAGAUCUUUCUGACUUAUCUAUUGAUGAACUGCACUAUAUUAUCAAAGACAUCUCUGUGAAAUCUAAGAAACUCUUGGAUAAGUAUGCAAAAUGUAAGAAAGAAAAUGAGGCAUUGAGGACAGAAAAUGAUCUUCUUUUGAAAAAGGUUAAGGCUAAUGAAACUGGUAAUGAAAAGUUUUUAAAAGAAGAAAAUAGUGCCUUGCGAGCUUAA